AUGGUUGAUGUUCUAAGCCCUUUCACAAUCCCAUCUCCUCCUCCACCAUCUCCUCUAUCAAACCAAAACAACAACACCAUACCCAUGUUAUACUAUACUCUAGUAGUGAUGGGAGUUGCAGCCAUAGUUUUAGCGAUUUACAACAUCAUCAUCAUCAAACGUUGCAAUACAAACAACCACAAUAAUCAACCACAAGCCACAAUAGAAAAUCUUAGUAGUACGAGGUUUGAGAACCAACAAAGAAACUUGCUUUCAAGCUUCAAGUACAAGAAAGAAGUGGUUACAAAAGAAGAAGAAUGUUCGGUUUGUUUAUCGGUUUAUGAAGAAGGAGAAGAAGUUAGAAAACUACCAAGAUGUAAACAUAGUUUUCAUGCUGUUUGUAUAGAUAUGUGGCUUUAUUCUCAUUUUGAUUGUCCAAUUUGUAGAACAUCUGUUGGUUCUUUUUGUGAUGGGAUGAUUGAGUCUGGUGGUAGCAUCUCUGUUUGA